AUGGGAUUCAGCUUCGGAAGCUUCGACUCGAUAUGCAACACAGCAGCCCUCAUUGUCUGUCCCCUGCUGGGAGGCCAAGAUGGCAUCGAGCCUGUCUGCUAUAGCCGCAAUGUUGAGAUCGGCAACACGCUUAUCUUCCAGCCAGGCACUUGGAACGGAAUAGCAACGGCCUUCAUUCAUAUCAUCGCGCUUUUGAUGGUUGCCAUCAUGGUCUUUCACAUCCGAUCAAAGUAUACCGCCGUCGGAAGGAAGGAGAUUGUGCUCUUCUUCUAUCUCUACGCCGUCGUCGAAUUGCUGUCUAUUUUUCUCGACACCGCGAUCAUCCCGACGAGCUCAUCUGCCUACCUGUGGUUUGCGGCAGUCCAUACUGGCAUAAUAUCAGCCACGUUCUGGUGCUUGCUCGUCAAUGGCUUUGUCGGGUUCCAAUUUGCAGAGGACGGCACGCCCCUCAGUCUAUGGUCUCUGCGAGGCAGUUGUGCGGCAGUCUUUGCGAUCGUCUUCUUUGUGGCCGUCGCGACCUUCAAAUCAAUAGCAGGACUGAGCCCGACCAAAACGGCGGUACUAUGGGUGUUCACAUACAUCUUCAAUGGCGCCUGCGUCGUCAUCUACAUCGUGCUACAACUCAUUCUCGUCUUCAGGACGCUAGAUGACCGGUGGCCGAUCGGGGAUAUUCUCUUUGGCACCGCAUUCUUUGCUAUCGGCCAAGUCGUCCUGUAUGCCUUUAGCGUCACCAUCUGCGACGCCGUCAAGCACUACCUUGAUGGCUUAUUCGCAUCGACAACGUGUACGCUCCUUGCCGUCAUGAUGGUCUACAAAUACUGGGACUCCAUCACGAAAGAAGAUCUCGAGUUCUCAGUGGGCAGCAAGACUGCAGUCUGGGAGCUCAAGGACUACAAGGAGAACUGGGACGAUAGCUCUUAUGGCGGUGGCUCAGGUCACGGAUACCCGCCUACGAAAGGCUACUAG